CACAUUUUUGCUCCUGUCAGCGAUGAUAAUUCCAACAUUGUAUACAAAAAGACCCAUGUUACAUAGGAUCGAAGGAGUGCUCGAGAAUUAUAAAAGGGCCAUCGAUACCCUGCCUUUUGGGAUCAUCAUCAACGACAACGACAACGCAGAUCUACUCAGCAAUCACUCAAUCUUCCCACAACUCUUGAUAAAAUCAUCCUUCUCAAGUGCCAACUCUUCUUCAUACCAACACACUCAAAAUGAAAGCCUUCACUACUAUCGCUGCUCUCCUCCCCCUCCUAGCCGCCGCCGGUCCCCUGAAGAGACAAGACACCACCACCACACCUCCCUUCACCGUCGUCGCCGUCCGCUCCGGCUCUCCCAUCCAAUACCUCACUCUCGAAGCUCGCGAGGGCAAAUUCUGGCUCGGUGGAAACCCCGGCACUUACUGCCCUGAGACAAUCACCUCUUGCCCUCCCGGCAACGAGACCGUCAUCGCUGGUAUCAACGGUCUAGAUGUCGCUGUCCCCGGCGGCCAGCGGAUCUACGCUGCUCCCUCCGGCGAGCUGGGCUUCACUCAGGCUCACUCCGCCAGCAUCCCCGCCGGCGCUGCUACUGGUCCCUUCGAGUAUGAGCAUGAUGGUGCCAUUGCCAAGUGGUCCUUCUCAGGUCUUGGUGCUAAUGGUUUCGUCGCCUGUCCGAUCGGAGAGGGCAGCAGCACCCAGUGGCAGGUGUAUGCUAAUGUUCCGAACCUCCAGGCUCCUAAUGGAAAUGCUAACGCCUGUCUGGGCUUCGAUACUAUCGCUGAGACUUGGACUGGCACUGGUGCUGCUGCUUGGGAGUAUAUCUAGAUUAUGAAUGAAAUUGUCUGGAUGGAUAAUCCCCGGGAAUAACGCAGGCAGAAGAAGGGACAUAACCUUUUCAUCUCGAUCAAUUUACAAUUGGUCUUUGUUUUUUUCUUUUCUUUUUUAUUUUUCUUUUUUAUUUUUAUUUUUAUUUUUUUUUUUUCUCUCUCCUCGUUUCUUUCCUGUAUAUCAUAUAUUACUGAACCACUUUGUCCUGUUGUGAAUAAUAUUCCGCAUAUCACAGCAGAAAGGCGGGACGGUAUCCCACUCCUUUUACUAAUGUUCUGCAUUUGUGGCUUUUUUUUGGCAUACGCCCCUGUACUAUAAGAUCAACUACACGACAUUCCCUAAUGAGCAUAGCAUAGCAUAAGCAUGAGAAUGACAAUAUAGUUCAUCGCAAUCA